AGCUAUACAAUCUUGAAUCUUGAAUGGUGAGUGGUGAAUAUCGAUGCGAUACCCAUGGGGCCCAACACGAAUUUAUUUAAAACCAAAUCUCGAUUGGCUCCCACGCUUGUAUCCUAUCGAGGUUCUACUCACCACGCCAUCAACUUCAACAUCACAUCCAGGCUAAUCUCUCGCUCACUCAAUUUCUGCCAUUCUCAUCGGCAUCGAUCAGUCGCUAUUCUCGUGAUCUCCGUGACAAAAGUCCAGGCACGCGCUCAUUUUCCCUCGCUUCCAUCGCGACCGCGACCCAUCCAUCGACUUGCGCACUGUGAAGGGGCGCCAGUUUCUGCCUUGGAUUGAUCACUAAGCGGUCGGUCAGAGCUAUAGAUACCAAUCAGGAGGGGAUAGGCGUAUCGAGUAUUGGAGACAAUGUCGGACAAUGAGGGAUACGACAACUACGAAGAGCAGUACGACGAGGUGGAUGAUCAGUAUGAGGAGCCCGCCGAAGGGUAUGCGGAGGAUGCAAUCGUAGAGUCUGGGGAUCCGGAUGGAGCGCAGUUAGGAGGAACUGCCAAUACGGAAAGGAUCACCACGCCCUACAUGACCAAGUAUGAGAGGGCUAGGAUCUUGGGGACAAGAGCUUUGCAGAUUAGCAUGAAUGCGCCAGUGCUGGUGCCUACGGAUGGGGAAACGGAUCCUCUGAACAUUGCUCUCAAAGAAUUGGAAGCCAAAAAGAUUCCUCUGGUGGUGAGGCGCUACCUGCCCGACGGAUCUUUCGAGGACUGGGCUGUUUCGGAACUCAUCAUCAACUGAUCAUGCGCAUGGUCUCUGGGGCCGAACCGCGGUCGAAGGAGCGCUUGCAACGCUUCACAAAAAAGAUAGACCCACAUGCCGAUCUCACUGCUUCUUCUGUGUCACGCUUCUGGGUCGACAUCCCGUCCCUUCGCCAAUGGAAUACGUCGUCACGUGCAUAACUUCGUCUGGGCAGGUCUCGUGAGAGUCGCAAUUUUGCAAGACAUAUUCACGAUCAGAGCAUGAAUUCAGAGUCAUCAAACCAGAAGGGCCUCUUUGCCUGACAGCGGCGCUCUAAUGAGCGGGAAAAAAAUGCAAAUGGCAAAACUAAUGUUGGAUCCUCAGCUUCCCUGUCCUCGCGCCAACGAUGAACCUUGCUCAAACCCGAAGGGACCAAGACACCAAUAGAUGCUCGAGAUCGGCUUUGGAUCCUCAUAGUUCGCAGCUGCUUCUCGCCGGAUUCGAACCGACGACAUGUAACAACUUAAGAGAAGCGCCGCCACUAGCGCACGUGC